CCCAAGUCAUCUGCCACAACAAAACAUUCCUCUGUCUGCCAAUUUACCGACUACAGCGUAGAGGCCCCUGCAGAUACAGGCGCUGUACAUUUACUCUUAACUACUCGGCAUGCAUCCCAGGCUUACAAUUUAGAACCUUCCCGAAAUAGAAUAAGUAGAACACGGUCAAGACAGGGAACGGGCAGGAGGGGGAAAAAACACAAAACCAAAACAAAACAAGAUGGCUGUGUAGCCAGAGAGACAAGUCCUAACAGAACUCUCUCUCUCUUAAGCUGUAGUCACCGACGGGUUCUGUGCGUGGUCCAGUGGACAGACAGACCGAGAGCCAGCCGAUACCGGAGCAGCAGGCAGGGACGCGGGGAGAGCAGCCGAACAGGGCCGCUGGCAGUUCACAUCGUUACCUGCUGUCGUUGCGAAUAACGGACAGCUGAGUGAGGCCGAGUUGUUUUUGUUCUGCCUGGGCUCUGGAAAAAAGGAUUGCUAGCCUCGCUCCUGUUCGGGGCAGGUUCAUAACAGGCAUUUUUCCAGGCAGCCAUCGCUAUGUCUUCCCUGGAAGAAAGAGACGUGGGCGUUGCGGUCGCCCCUAGCUCCUCCUCGGCCGGCCUGGGGGUCGGGGCCGUGGGGGCAGCGGUGGAGGCUGUAGCCGGGGUCGCGGCCAUGCAGGAGGAUGUCGGUAUACGGCGAGAGGGGCCCGAGCCUGACCCGGACGAGCCACCCAAAAAGAGGGUGAAAAUACCCGAAGGAGAGUCAGGGAAGUUGGAGGAGAGACUGUACUCAGUGCUGUGCUGCACCGUGUGCCUAGACUUGCCCAAGGCGUCUGUGUAUCAGUGUACCAAUGGACACCUGAUGUGUGCUGGCUGUUUUAUUCACCUUUUGGCUGAUUCUCGUCUCAAGGAGGAGCAGGCCACUUGUCCAAACUGCAGGUGUGAGAUAAGCAAGAAUCUGUGCUGUAGGAAUCUCGCAGUGGAGAAGGCUGUCAGCGAGCUGCCGACAGAAUGUACCUUCUGCCUAAAGCAGUUCCCCCGCUCCAGCCUAGAGAGGCACCAGAAGGAGGAGUGCCAAGACAGGGUGACACAGUGUAAGUACAAGAGAAUCGGCUGCCCCUGGCAAGGCCCAUUUCACGAGCUGCCGGCGCACGAGAGCGAAUGCUCUCACCCAACCAAGACUGGUACAGAGCUGAUGGGAAUACUGGGAGAGAUGGACCAGAGCCACCGCAGAGACAUGCUGCUCUACAACAGUAUCUUUAGCCUGCUGUGCUACGAGAAGAUCGGGUUUACAGAGGUGCAGUUCAGACCGUACCGUACCGAUGACUUCAUCACUCGUCUGUACUACGAAACUCCACGUUUCACUGUUCUCAACCAGACAUGGGUGCUGAAGGCCCGAGUCAACGACUCCGAACGCAAUCCCAAUCUCUCCUGCAAGCGUACGCUUUCCUUCCAGCUCAUCCUCAAGAGCAAGGUGAACUCUGCCCUGGAGUGCUCCUUCCUGCUCCUGAAGGGGCCAUACGACGACGUGCGGAUCAAGCCGGUCAUCUACCACCACUCCUUCAGCAACGACACAAACGAGACCGACUACGUCCCUCUGCCCAUCUCCGACUCGGUGGAGUGCAACAAACUGCUGGCUGCCAAAAACAUCAACCUGCGCCUGUUCAUCUUCCAAGUCCAAAAAUAAAGACCUCUAGAGGAGGAGGAGGGGGUGGAACGAUGGAACAGAUGAAGGAGAAGAAGCGCGUUGAUUGAAGGCCAGCGUCACAGAGAGGACGUGAUGAUUAAAGAGAGACACCACUGAACCAUUGAUACCUCUUAACACAUAUAAAACACACACACACACACACACACGUUAAUCAGAAAAUACACAAUAAUGCUGUUUUUACAAGAUAGUGAGCUGGUUUUCUCAAGAAAGCUGUGAGUUGCUGUGAAGAUGAGACGGGUGGGAUGAAACCUGGGGAAGUGAUGGACAGAGUGGGUGGUUGGUGUGUGCCUGUGGCUUGUGACUGACUUUUCACUUCAGAAACCCACAGCUGAAGGUCGCACACGUGUGUGUGGAUGUGUGUGUGUGUGUGUGUGUGUUGGGUGCAUUGUUGAAUGUUUGAGAACAAAAAAAAACCAAGAUGAAGUGACGGUCCACAGUGUGCAGCCACAGCUCUGCUGGCACGUUGAAACGUCCCAAAGACAGGUGAUAAUGUGAAAAUAGAGUGACUUGACUCUACUCAGCUGUUAUUUGGAGGUGUGAAUGGGGGUGGAAGGAGGCAUAUGUGUGUUUUUUCUCCCUGCGUCCCUCUGCACACCAGCUUUUUUUCCCCUCAACACCUUCCCUAUCAUUUUUACGUCCGAUAAACGGCUGGAGCGCUCCACCGCCACAAACCUUUUUUCUUCCAUCCCUCAAGAGGAGAGACGACCGGGCAGCAUUUUAGUUCUUCGAUUCUUAUUCAUCCUGCAGUGGUUAUAUUUAACCCCCAACACUAAGCCUCUUUAGUUCUCUUAACCCUGAAUAUUUAAGUACGUGUGAUUUUAUUUCUGAUUGAAUGUUGGGUUUGUGAAUGAUUGUGUGUGUUAACAGAUCAUAGAUGUGACGUCGUCGUGAAUACGUCCCCCAGGACGGUGCUAGCGAGGCUGGACCACAAACAAGGCAUUCAGGGGCUUCAAUGUGUCAGUUGCUUUCUGGUAACUAAAUGGGCCUGUGUGUUUAUAUUUAUUUCAGCUGUUUCACAUGAAGCAUUUUACUGUUUAAAAUGUUUUCUUAGCAAUUACUUAAAAAAACAAAACUGUUUAUGAAUUUGUUUUUAACACCUUUGAGGGAAUCAAAGCUAGUUGAAAUGAUCCUUAACUAACAAAUUUGAUCAAAAAUUAUUAAUUUUUUGCGAUUUCUUUUUUUCCUCUUAAAUUUAAUUUGGUUUUACCACAAAGUAAUUGAACCACAGAAGAACUGGGGAUGUAGAGAAGACAGUUUGGAUGAUUCAGUGUGUAUGUGUGGGGUGGUUACUGAGGCGUUUGGCCUGACUACAGAGACAUAUUAGUGCUAGACAUACUUGAAGGAAAACAAGAUGAUGUUACUCAUGUAGAUUCUACUGUAAAGGCAGAUAGAUCCCUCUCCUCCUGACCUCUGCUUCCUGUAUCUCUGUGUUUUUUGAUGCUUCGUCUCUAUGCCGGUGGACUCACCCAUCUCACUUUGGCUGUACAUGUGCCUUUUAUUAAAGAUGAUGGAACCUGCA